CCCGUUGCAACAAAAUUAAACAUAAAAUUUAUAAAUAUUUACACUAGCAAUAGGCCACACUGUUAACGUUAACCACCCAUAACAUAACCACUGAUAACCACUCGUUAUCCUUGGUUAUCCUUCAUAAUCGAAUUUUUCAUCAAAAUGAGUCUCUCCAUUGAAGAAGAAAAACGCAUCUUCAAUUCCUUACAAAAACAAAACUGUUGCUUAAGAUGUUGCUUUCGAUUCAUCUGCUGGCGUACACAGGAGUGUUACGAAGAUCCUAUUAAAAUUGCAAACAGUCUAGGAUAUAUCACUGAAAAAGAUGUUUCUUCCAAUGAUGAAGUUCCUUGCACAGCUUGCUUGGGGAUUCUUCAAAACCGAAUGCAAGAAUCAGUUAUUCAAAAAAUUCAGACAGAAGUAGAAAAACAAAAUUACGACAGCGAGACAUUUGUAUCUGCGUUAACGGUUCCUACUUGCGUGAACUUUAGAGAACGUUUGUUGCAUAUGCAGUGUGGUCUUGAACUUGGUCUUUCAGAAAGUGCAUUGACCAGCCUCAAACUCAAAAUGCAAACUAUUAAAGACGUUUGGAAAUUGGUAAUUACUCCGAAAGUAGAGCAAGCUAUCAGGAAACAAGUAGACGCAACAACACCCUCUGCUUUCCUUAUUGAAAUCAUUUUGAUGUAUAAGUAUAACGAAAAAGAAUGCGAAUCAUUAUUGAGCAUGUAUAAAGGGACAAAAAGCGCGGUAAAUAAGCGAAAAAGAAAGUGCAACGAUAACAGAUUUAGUAGAAAAAGUAUAGAAACUUUAAUGACCAAUAUAACGGAUGAAGAGUUUGCUCAGUGUUUCAAGGAUUUUUCCCUUGAAACACCUGCGAGUGCAGAUGUAGAAAAUAUCGUGUGUUCGCAUUCGAGCAUUUUUAUCGGAGGUCGAUACAACAAGUUAUCCAGGGAACUCAGUCAAACACCAUGGUUUAUAAACGGUGAGAAAAAGAUGCAAACGUCUGUUCAAGAUAUAUUAGGUAAUCCCAUUGCAGAAGCUGUAGGAGCUCAAUCUAUUAAAUUUCUAUCAUCCGGAAGAGAGGACGUCGACGUUAGAAACAUACAUGCAGGGAGACCAUUUGCGAUUGAAUUAAUAAAUCCUCGAAUGACUAAAAUAACAGAUGAAUUACUAUUAAAUCUAGUCGAUAAAAUCAAUCAAUCUUCCCAACAAGUCCAAAUCACGUCAAAUUUGAAAGUUCUAUCUAGACUUGAUUUGAAGGUAUUGAAGGAAGGCGAAAAUGUUAAAACAAAAUUUUAUCGAGCGCUUUGCAUCUGUCGCGAUAUUUCGAAGGAUGCGUUGCCUCUUGAAACAUUGAAUGAUCUAAAGCGAGUAAAAAUAGUCCAAAAAACACCGGUUAGAGUACUGCACAGACGACCUCUCAGCCCCAGAAUACGUUUAAUAUACGAAAUGAGAGCUCGCUGGGCAAAGCCUCAGGAAUUAAAGAAAUUAUUGGAUACCGCGAGUGAAGAUCCCAGCGUGUUUUUUGUAUUGGAUAUUAAAACACAAGCGGGAACUUACGUAAAAGAAUUUGUGCACGGCGAUUUUGGACGGACUAAACCAAGUUUAUGUGACAUUCUUAAUACCGAAGUUGAUAUCGUCGCGUUGGACGUGACAGGUAUUAAUUUAAACUGGCCAUAGAUAUUAUUUAAUACCUGCAAUAUUUUUUAUAUGUAAUUGUAAAGAAUGUAAAUACAAUUACAGUGUUUCUACGCUAAAUGGAUUCGUUGGAAUCAAUUAAAAUAAUCAACUAAACCUUUCCUUUCAGUCGUCCUUUACAUUCGGUCAUAUUUAUUAU